GUCCCGGCGCGGAGAUGUCCACCCCUCCGCUGGCGGCGAACAUGCCCCCGGGAGCCUUCUCGGGCUCGCAGGCUCAGGCGGCGCGGGAGGUGAACACAGCCUCCCUCUGCCGCAUCGGCCAGGAGACCGUGCAGGACAUCGUGUUCCGAACCAUGGAAAUCUUCCAGUUACUGCGCAACAUGCAGUUACCAAAUGGUGUUACUUAUCAUACUGGGACAUAUCAAGACAGACUGGGAAAGCUGCAGGAACAUCUUCGUCAGCUAUCAAUACUCUUCAGAAAACUGAGAUUAGUCUAUGACAAAUGCAAUGAAAACUGUGCUGGGCUCGAUCCUGUUCCCAUAGAACAACUUAUUCCAUAUGUUGAAGAAGAUGGCUCCAAGCAUGAUGAUCGUGGUGCUGCAAGUCAGCUUCGUUUUGCUAGUGAAGAGAGAAGGGAAAUCAUGGAAGUAAAUAAGAAACUGAAACAGAAGAAUCAGCAGCUGAAGCAGAUUAUGGAUCAGUUACGGAAUCUCAUUUGGGACAUAAAUGCAAUGUUGGCAAUGCGGAACUGAACAAGGAAAAUCAGAAUUUGGAAUUGAAGAGGAUACAAAUCUGUUUGGAUAUAUUUAACUUCUUUCUGAAAAGUAACAUCUUUUCCCACAAUCAUAUUGCAGUAAUGUUUGAAAAGGCUUCAAGAUUAAAAUGUUGGGGUUUUUGUAAUAACUUCAAUGGUGUUGUGUCUGUUUUUGUAGAAUAUUCAUCCUACAGGUUUUGCCUGAGUGAUUC